AUGCGUUAUUAUAAUCCGUUAUAUACUCGAAAAUGGACAAAAAUCUUUGUGCCGGUGUCAACAUUUUUUACACAACUAGGUAGUCAGUUAGGUUUUCAGGCAAACACAAAUAAUGAUGAAUCAACGACGCCUUUAUCAAGUGAAUAUACCGCCAAUUCAUCUUAUGGUAAUAAUUCGUCAUCAUUGUCAACGUUAUUUUCAACGUUAACAUCACAAUUUCGACCAUCGUAUAAAACCUUAAUACCCUAUAAAAAUCAUCCUAAUGGCAUUGUUAAACAUGAUAAUAAUAAUUUAAUUUAUCACCAACUUGAUAUUCAUAGAAUAAAUGAUGAAAAUAAUAAUGAGAAAAAUAAUAAUAUGACUAAUAAUUCAAUUCUUAUUGAUAUACCAACAAAUUAUUCAAACGAUUUGUUGAUCGAUACCGAUAAUAAACAUUCAAAUUUUUUAACUUUAAAAGAAAAUUUUAUUUGGAUAAUUUUUGCAAGUUUACUGUAUUUUCUAUGGUUUAUAUUUAUUGCUGGUAUUUCAAUAGUACAUAUUUUAAUUUAUUCAGCUUUACUUAUAUCUUAUAUUCUAUCCGAGCGCACAAGACGUUUUGCAUUAGCGAUAUUAAUUUAUUUGACAUAUUUACUUUUAUACGAUGCAUUACGUUUAAUACCUAAUUAUACGGUAUCAACUAUUCAUAUAGAAGAUAUUUAUUUAAUAGAAAAAAAACUAUUUGGUAUUGUUAAAAAUGGACAUAUGAUGACAUUGAAUGAGUAUUUUCAGCAAAAUCAUAUACCAUUAUUAGAUGUUUUCACCGGAUUGUGCUAUCUUAAUUGGAUUCCAAUACCAUUAAUCUAUAGUCUCUAUCUUUAUCGUUAUAAAAGUAAACGAGAUUAUAUGGAUUUUGCGUUCACCUUUCUAUUAACAAAUCUGCUCGGUUUUGUUGUUUAUUAUAUAAUCCCAGCAGCGCCGCCCUGGUAUGUUGAAUUGUACGGUUUUGAAUUUAAUCUAAAAGCACCUGGUAAUGCAGCUGGCUUUAUACAUUUUGAUCAGAUAACAGGUUUAAAGGUUUUCUCGUCGAUGUAUUCAAAAAACGCAAAUGUCUUCGCUGCUAUUCCGUCGUUACACGCCGCAUAUCCAUUAAUCACUGUGCUGUACGGUUCAUUGAGUAAAAAGCUUUGGCUCCAUAUCGGUUUUGUUUUCUUUACAUUCAGCGUUUGGUUUUCUGCGGUUUAUUCGCGACAUCAUUACGUAUUGGAUGUUAUCGCUGGUGGAAUGUGUGCUUUGACAGCUUUCAUACUCUAUCGUCUUCUAUCUCGUAUACCGACAAUAAAUAGGUUACUUACUGCUUACAAUAAAUUAAUUUGA